UUCCGCUACCACUUGGGGUCUUUGUUGCUAAUUUAGCAAGCUAAAGCUAGUUUGCCUAAUGUUACUGUGAGUGGGAUUAUUUUGUGUCCUCUAGCGAGUAACGAGUAACGGUAGCUAACGUUACCUCAAUCUGUGUUGUACUUUGGGCGAAGCAGUUGUAUUCGUGUUUUCAGUCAACUAAGUUAACGUUAAUUAACGUUAUCUAACAGGUGGUGUCAUCCUUGCCACUCAGAAUGACUGACCCCGCUGUGAAAAGGGUGGUUAGUGACAUUAUUCGCUCUCCCGAGGAUAAACGAGUUUACAGGGGCCUGGAGUUUACCAAUGGCCUUAAGGCCAUGCUCAUCAGUGACCCCACAACAGACAAAUCCUCAGCUGCUUUGGAUGUCCAAAUAGGUUCGUUAUCGGACCCAGGAAACAUCGCGGGCCUGGCACACUUUUGUGAGCAUAUGCUGUUCCUGGGAACAAAGAAAUACCCCAAGGAGAAUGAGUACAGCCAGUUCCUCAGCGAGCACGCGGGCAGCUCCAAUGCCUUCACCAGUGGAGAGCAUACCAACUAUUACUUUGACGUGUCCCAUGAGCACUUGGAAGGAGCACUAGAUAGGUUCGCCCAAUUCUUCUUGUGCCCUCUGUUUGAUGAGAGCUGUAAGGACCGGGAAGUGAAUGCUGUGGACUCUGAGCAUGAGAAGAACGUAAUGAAUGAUGCCUGGAGGCUGUUUCAGUUGGAGAAAGCCACUGGCAACCCUAACCACCCCUUCAGUAAAUUUGGAACAGGUAACAAAUUUACCCUUGAGACCCGACCAUCUAAAGAUGGGAUUGACAUCCGUCAGGAGCUCCUGAAAUUUCAUUCUACAUACUACUCCUCCAACCUCAUGGGACUCUGUGUGUUAGGAAGAGAAUCAUUAGAUGAUUUGACCUCCAUGGUGGUGAAACUAUUUGGAGAAGUGGAAAACAAGAAUGUGCCUAUCCCAGAAUUCCCUGAGCACCCCUUCCAGGAAGAACACCUCAGACAAUUCUACAAAGUGGUGCCCAUAAAAGACAUCAGGAACCUGUACGUGACUUUCCCCAUCCUAGACCUACAGAAGUACUACAAGUCUAACCCAGGACACUAUCUGGGACAUCUGAUUGGUCACGAAGGACCUGGAAGUUUGCUAUCUGAGCUCAAAUCUAAAGGCUGGGUGAACACACUUGUUGGAGGGCAAAAAGAAGGAGCCAGAGGAUUCAUGUUCUUCAUUAUCAAUGUGGACUUGACGGAGGAGGGCCUAUUGCACGUUGAGGACAUCAUCUUCCACAUGUUCCAGUAUAUUCAGAAGCUGCGUACUGAGGGCCCUCAGGAGUGGGUGUUCGAGGAGUGCAAGGAUUUAAACAAAGUGGCCUUCAGGUUCAAGGACAAGGAGCGACCCCGUGGCUACACUUCCAAAGUGGCUGGUUUACUACACUACUACCCUCUUGAAGAGGUUCUAGCAGCAGAGUACCUUUUGGAGGACUUCAGGCCAGAUCUGAUCGAGAUGGUGCUGGAUAAGCUGAGACCAGAACAUGUCAGAGUUGCAGUGGUGUCAAAGUCAUUUGAAGGGCAAACGGACAAGACAGAAGAGUGGUAUGGCACACAGUACAAACAAGAGGCCAUCUCUGAAGAGACCAUUGAGAAAUGGCAGAGUGCAGACCUCAACGGCAAAUUCAAAUUACCUAUGAAAAAUGAGUUCAUCCCUACAAACUUUGAGAUCUACCCUCUUGAGAAAGACUCUCCAUCCGUCCCCACUUUAAUCAAGGACACUGCUAUGAGCAAGGUGUGGUUCAAGCAGGAUGACAAGUUUUUCCUGCCCAAGGCAUGCCUGAACUUUGAGUUCUUCAGCCCGUUUGCGUAUGUGGACCCAUUACAUUGUAACAUGGCAUAUUUAUACCUGGAGCUCCUCAAGGACUCCCUCAACGAGUAUGCAUAUGCAGCCGAGCUAGCUGGCUUGAACUAUGACCUCCAAAAUACCGUCUAUGGGAUGUAUCUGUCUGUUAAAGGUUACAGUGACAAACAGCACAUCCUGCUGAAGAAGAUCAUUGAGAAGAUGGCCACCUUUGAGAUAGAUGAGAAGCGCUUUGACAUCAUCAAAGAAGCGUACAUGAGGUCUUUGAAUAACUUCAGAGCCGAGCAGCCUCACCAGCAUGCCAUGUACUACCUCCGUCUACUAAUGACCGAGGUUGCUUGGACCAAAGAUGAGCUCAGAGAGGCUCUGGACGAUGUAACUCUCCCACGCCUCAAGGCCUUCAUACCUCAGCUAUUGUCAAGAUUACAUAUUGAAGCCCUUCUUCAUGGCAACAUCACCAAGGAGUCUGCUCUUGGCAUGAUGCAAAUGGUGGAGGACACGCUCAUUGAGCACGCUCACACAAAGCCACUCCUCCCGAGCCAACUGAUUCGCUACAGAGAGGUGCAGGUUCCAGACGGUGGCUGGUAUGUUUACCAGCAGAGGAAUGAGGUGCACAACAACUGUGGUAUUGAGAUCUACUAUCAGACAGACAUGCAGACCACCCACGACAACAUGCUGCUGGAGCUGUUCUGUCAGAUCAUCUCUGAGCCCUGCUUCAACACACUGAGAACCAAAGAACAGCUGGGCUACAUUGUGUUCAGUGGGCCCCGCCGGGCUAACGGAGUGCAAGGCCUGCGCUUCAUCAUCCAGUCGGAGAAGGCACCCCACUACCUGGAGAGCCGUGUGGAGGCUUUCCUCUGCACCAUGGAGAAGGCUGUGGAGGAGAUGAGCGAGGAAGCCUUCCAGAAACACAUCCAGGCCCUGGCUAUCCGCCGCCUGGACAAACCUAAGAAGCUGUCUGCUGAGUGUGCAAAGUACUGGGGAGAGAUCAUCUCUCAGCAGUAUAAUUUUGACAGAGAUAACAUUGAAGUGGCAUAUCUGAAGACUUUGACAAAAGAAAACAUAAUGCACUUCUACAGAGACCGCCUGACAGUCGAAGCCCCGAAGAGACACAAGGUGUCUGUGCACGUCCUGUCCAGAGAGAUGGACUCCUGCCCAAUAGUAGGAGAGUUCCCCGCUCAGAAUGAUGUCAACCUUGCCCCUGCUCCUUCCCUGCCACAGCCCACAUUGGUUCAAGACAUGACGGAGUUCAAGAGGAGCCUGCCUCUCUUCCCCCUGGUCAAGCCUCACAUCAACUUCAUGGCUGCCAAACUGUGAGCGAGGCCGGCAGCUCGACACGCAGCGGCACGGGGGAGCGCCGGGGAGGGCGUCCACAGGAGAGCCCGCUGUGUUUCCCACCUACACACCCCCCUCCCUUCCUCCCGUCAGGAAGACUUUCAUCUGACCGAGCCUGCAUUAGCGUGUGUUUGUGUGCGUGUGUGUGUGCAUGCGGUGUGUGCAUGUGUGGCAGGCUGGAGCCACUAGAAGACAAACGCGUGUAUUCGAAUCACAAAGUUAGCCGUGGUUGUCGACAUAGCCGUGAUGACGAUAGAGGUCACACCAGACUCAUGUUAAGUCUCUUGAAGUGAGAUGUAACACUCACACGCAUCACAAAACUGUGUAGGCCGUUGUAGAGGAAAUAGAAAUGUUUAAAAAAAACAAAAACAAACAAAAACAGACAAGGGCCAGGUCCCUUUUACAUGAGUAUACUGCAGAGGCUUCACAGUAGGAGGCGUUUUAUUUGAAUUAUUCAGACAUGCUGCUUUGAGAACGGAUAGUUGGUUUAUUGUGUUGAAGUGAGGGCUGCAGAGUUUAGAGACUGUAGUUCCAUGAAGGUCUUCUUUUAUUUGUCGGACCGGUGUGUUUGCCAUGUAACGCUCUGAGGCACCACAGCGCUCCUGAAAAUGUUAUCACAAAAAGACACACUCGGGUCAAAUGGAAUAUUUUAUUCAAAUGUAUGCAUUGCUGAGGAAUAUCUGCCUUUAUACUUAUGGUUUUAAUCCUCACAGGUUUUGAGAUAUUUUUGCUUGUAAACUGGUAAAAUGUUGGGACCCUUUGAGGAGCUGUUUGAAAUUGCUCACGGCAGAGAACCAUUCACAUGAAAAUUGUUUUUAUUUCGGGUUUUUUUUUUUUGUUUUUUUUUAAAUUGCAUUUUACAUUAGUACGUAAUUCAGACAUCUCAGGGGUACCUCCAUGCUGUUUUUUACAUUAAAUUUUACUAGUGGUUGACUAAAAAUAAAAACUUAAAUAUGUCAUUUACAGUAGUACUUUGUUCACUUCACUAAAUGUGAUCAGAUCCUUAUUGGUCUUGGCUGCAGAGACGAGCAGUGUUUUUAGUUUUUUCUAAGCUCUUCUUAGUCUGUCCGAGACUUGCAGACUUUCUGCAGCUUGUGCCUUUCCAGGGGGGCAUCAGUUAGUUUGCAUCUGACUGAACUGAACUGCUUCUGGUCUGAUCUGGGGCAGAAUCCUGGAGGAUCUAACCCCAGCCCCCCUCCACCCCCCAAAUUGCUGGACUGUGCACUGGCUCUUACAGCAUAGGUGUCAAAAAAGCAGCUAGCCCUUUUUUCUCUGAAAAUAAAAAAAAAAACAAAGCAUUUCAUGUUGAUGCCUAAAGCGGAAGAAAAGCACCAGUCUGGAUUAUUUUUCCUGAAUAUAUGCACUUUUCUCACUAAGCAAUAACCUAAUGAUGUGUACAGGGGACACAGUGUGUGGCAGAAGGAGAUGUGGCUCUGCACUGCUGAGUAGCUACAGCAGCUGGAUCCACACAGAUCCAAGCUCCAGCUUAAACCGCGUUCGAUCUGAGCGCACGGACAUUGAUGUCAGAGCGGCGCAAGCAUGACCUGCUCUCUCAGGUGUACACCAGCUUUGCUGUGACAAACCACUGCUGGUGGAGCUGCCAACCCUGGUCACACAGCCAACCAUCCGUUAUGAUUUAAUUCCCCUCUAAUACCUGCUCUCAGGCUCACUCACAUGAUGCUGCAUCGUUUAAGAAUUAUUUAAGUUAUGAUUGUGCUGUAGCAAAAGCUUCGUCAAUGUUUUCCAGCAUUUUACUAUGUCUCAACCAGAUCAAAACCAUUUCAAUUUGUGUUUUUAAGAGUUACAGCCUCCCCUCCUCCCUUUCAUUAUCAACUGCUUCAGGCAGUACUCUUUUGCGGUCAAACCCCAAAGACAACCAGCAGCAUUAGGUAGACCUUCACUCCCACAGGCAGUAGUUUGACAGCACCUGGGGAAAGUGACAGCUGUUUUCAUGCAGCGCUCAGCAGAAACUAGCAACAUUACAUAUCAGGCUUGGGUGGGCCUUGCACUGUUUACCAUCUGAAGUACCUAGUGUUUGGUGUACAUUAAAGAAAUCAGAAGCGCUUUCCCCCCCCCCCAUGGAUGUCUGGCUGGUGAGGUUCAUGGGCCAGUGAUACAUUCUCAGUUUGUUUUUGUUGUCUGUGUGUUUCUAAUUAAUAAACUACUGAAUGGAA